AUGGAGGGGCAAAGGGAUGUACACAGCCCGGAGUCUAGUGAAGGGGAGAGCGUUUCUCCCUCUCCAAGUCUGCCUUCGCCGCCCAUCCUGCCUCUCCAAGCAGCGCAGCAGGCGCACAGAACCACCAACUUUUUUAUUGACAAUAUUCUACGGCCAGAUUUCGGCUGCAGGAAGGAGCAGGGCUUAGGUGCGAGGGAGAGGUCGCAGACUUCCAGCCGAGAGCGCGCCCACCCUUUGGUCGCCAGACCGACUCAUCCUGGAACGCCAUGCCAGGACUCCAAUUGCAGCAGCGACAGCACUUCUUCAUCCUCCUCGUCCUUGGCCUUGUCUCCAACCCCCAAAAAGAGCACCUCGUCCUCGAAAGCCAACGACAGCUCCGGAGGUAGCACGCCCAAGUUCGGCGAGAACACUUCUCCUGUUAUGGUUGUGAACGGCGUUAGUGGCGGCGCAGCGCCCUCCCCCGAGUCCCAACCGCUGCUGUGGCCUGCCUGGGUGUAUUGCACUAGAUACUCGGACAGGCCCUCAUCUGGCCCAAGGACACGGAAAUUGAAAAAGACGAAAAACGAAAAGGAAGACAAGCGACCCAGAACGGCGUUCACGGCUGAGCAGCUUCAAAGACUGAAGACGGAGUUCCAGUCCAACCGUUACAUUACGGAGCAGAGGAGACAGUCUCUAGCCCAGGAGCUCAACCUCAAUGAGUCACAAAUCAAAAUCUGGUUCCAGAACAAACGGGCCAAAAUCAAAAAGGCCAACGGCUAUAAGAACGGCCUGGCUCUCCAGCUCAUGGCGCAAGGAUUGUACAACCAUUCCACCACCACCAUUCAGGAAGACAAGGAGGAGAGUGACUGAGCCUUCGCUUGCCCCAAAUGUGCUACAAACUCGGAAAACUAUGGUGUAGGAGUCACCAUUUGGGGACGAAAUAUUUGUGGAUAGUCAAGGCUAGUGUAAAAUAUGUUCAAUUUGUUGAUAGGCUUGUGUAUGAACAUAAACGAUACAAAUAUGCAUACAAGCUACGAACAUGAUGGAAAAUUAAUAGCCAAAAAUGAGACUGUAUAGAUCAUUUAAGGAGAAAGGGAUACAGUACUACUCACCCUGCACUUGGAUAAUGAUAUGAUUGCUAUCUUUGUCGCUUUAGGCCUAAUGUGUGAUCUCUCUUUUAUAUCAAACCUCGGUGAAAUUACAGACUGUGUGAUCUGCCACUUCAAGCCAAAGAUUUGAUCGAAAUAACAGCCUGAAAAAACAAACAUCUAUGAAUCUCUCUCUUAUAGACUAUACUUUCUUCCUGAACUGCGAGUCCCUAACAAUCAGUAGGCCACUGUUUUUUUCGUUGCCUGCCGCUUGAUGUAUUGCCUCAACUACGUGUGGGCCUGAAAUAUUGGCCUAUAUGACUCAUCUCGUGUUGGAUUCGCGAUAUCUUGGAAUACUACAACGAAAUAUAUGUGAUCUCCCUCGACAGUUAGAGGGAGUAUAUUAUCUACUACGUCUAAACCAUGUUUCCAAAUUAACAUUUUUAUAUUGGAAAAAAGGCAACACUACUCUUUUUUUGUAUUGUGCACUACUUUGUGCAAUAGGU